AUGCGUCACGUACUCCCCGCCGAGCUCUCCCAGCUGCGCGCAACCGUCGCUCCCAGCGUGCGCCGCACCACCUCUCAUUCUCCCGCCAGCAUGGCCCGCCUUGGAGGCGCGCGCGCGCCCUCGCCGCUGCUGCUGCUCUUCCUCGCCACUCUGCUGCCUCUGCUCGCCGCGCCGGCCGCGUCGGUGGUGGUGAGCGCUGCGGCCUCGUGGAGUGGCGGCGGCGACGAUGGUGUGGCAAGCGAGCUCCCUCCCGCUGCGUGGACCACUGGCAGCCACGCCACCGGCCUUGUCACCGCCGGGCCGCGCAUGGCGCUCGAAGAGGGCGAGGGCGACGCGGCGGACGGGUGGGCGCUCGGAGACGACGAGGCGCAGUGGGAGGCGGACGCUGAGGAGCGCGCGGAGGGCAGGAGCCUGGCGGAGGAGGAGAGCGCGGCGGAAGAGAUGGUGGGGGAGAUGGCAGAGGAGGGUGCGGGGGAAGGGGAGGAGGAGGAGGAAGAGGGGCGCGUGCUGGCGGAGGGCGACUGGGUGGAUGAAAGCGAGGAGGGCGAUGAGGACGAGGAGAGCGAGGAGAGCGAGGAGAGCGAGGAGAGCGAGGAGAGCGAGGAGGGAAGGAUGCUUGCAGAGGGAGAGGAGGGUGAGGAGGGGAUUGACGGCGAGGAAGGCAGAGUGCUGGUAGAGGGCGGAGACGUGGAGGAUGAUGAGGAGGAGGAGGAGGCGGCUGGUGGGAUGGAGGGCGCGGAAGAGGAGGAGGAGGAGGAGGAGGAUGUGGAAGGGAGGGUUCUUGUGGAGGACAGUGAGAGCGACGAGGAAGGCGGUGAGAUGGAUGAUGACGAGGAGGAAGAGGCUGAUGAUAUUCAGAUGUCCAGGGAGCUUCAGGAGGAGGAGGAAGAGGAGGGGACGGAGAGCGAGGAGGAGGAGGAUGAGGAUGAGGAAGGGGUUGAGUUUUCACGGAAGCUGGCGGACGAGAAGGAAGAGAAGAAGACCUAUGAGAAGAAGGGCGAGGAGAAGAAGGAGGAGAAGAAGGAGAAGAAGGAAGAGAAGAAGCCGGGGGUGCUGAAGAGGACGGCGAGUGCAAUCAAGAACUUCUUUAAGAACAUCCGUGAUCGCAUCACUGGCAAGAACAAGAAGCCCGACAACAGCCCCCGCAAGGCAGGCCCCUCCGAUGCCAAGGCCUAG